AUGCUGGUUUUCAAAAGAUUUGCCUCCACGGGAAGCCCCAAGGCAAAAUUGGAGGAAUUUUUCACGUAUCACACAACCAGUGCUCUUCUCAAGCCAUGGAUAUACCGUCCAAAGAAUGCGAAUUAUUUACUCACCAUGGAUAUGAAGGAUCCCAACUCCAACAGGCCACUGCAACCACGUAAGCCCGUGGGGCCAUUGUCUCGAAAAGUCCUAAACGACUAUAUUGAGAGUAUACCUGCCAGAUCUAAUGAAUUGGUCGAAUGGUUUCGAAAUUGGACUCAAGUUACACCAAGAAAGCGUCAAGUAUUCAAUUACGUUUCCAGUCAACAUAUCCAGCUUAUGUUGGUGAGCUCCUUCUUCAAAUUGGGAUCUUAUGAUGAACUUUUGAUGAACCUGUACAAUAAUAAAGCGAAAUUUCUGAAAGCACAGAACAAUGAAGCUUUUGAUGUCGAACAUUUUUUUAAUACCAUUAUUAUGUGCAAGUUGCAUAAAAAUCAUUUGUGCAAUUACAGAGACGCAGAACUUGCGAAGAGGAAACUGAUUAAAACCUGGAAAGCAAUUACGAAUCGUAACGAUAAAACUGGCCUUGCAAAUGCUCUCGUUUCUGUUUUGGCCAGACAGCAAGGAUUUGAAGUUGAUCUGAAAGGCUUGUCAGUUACCGAUAUUGUAUUGCCGAAGUUGGGAGAAAUCGAAAAUACAAAUCCAUCAAAAUUGCUAAAUUUCAUUCAGGAAAAUCGCUACGUCUACCUUAUGUUAAGAACUAUUGUUGAAUUCAGCAACGAUGGCCCGAUUGAUUCAAUAAUUGAAAACUUCAUCUCCUCCUAUAGAAGGGCAGCUGAAGAGCUGGGAAAAGAUGACAUCUACGACAAUUACAUUGAGUCGAUGAAAAAUCUCUGGAUAACAAAAAGUGAAUAA